AACAUUCUGGCUUUAAAUCCCCGAAAACAGACACAUGCAACUCUUCAUUCAACUGCAGCAAAGAAACAAGUCAAGAAGCAAUGGAAAAGGAAUUCUGACAAAAGCUGUUCAAACUGUGAGAAACUAGAAAAUAAUUUUGAUGACAUCAAGCACACGACUCUUAGUGAGCGAGGAGCACUUCGAGAAGCAAUGAG